GGCCCCGGCUGGUGUUGCUGCCACUUGUGAAGCCAAGAAGCCUGAGCCGAUGGCAGCAGAUGCUACCGUUUCAGUUUCUUUUCCAUCCGUCGAAACUUUCUGAAGCAUUUUCAGCAUUUUGAACUUUAAUUCCAGGCUAUAUUUUCUGGGAGUCCUGAUCCAGUGAUACAAAUGUGCUGCGAUGGUGACAUAAACUAUUGACUGAGACUGGGAAAGUACCUGGAAAACCUGAUGUUCUCUUCCUUUUUUAUGGUGCUUCUAUUGGAAUAGUGUGGGAAAGUAUACACAACAUGAGUUUUAUCAUGAAACUUCACAGACACUUUCAAAGGACGGUUAUUCUGCUUGCCACUUUCUGCAUGGUAAGCAUCGUCAUUUCUGCCUACUACCUGUACAGUGGCUACAAACAGGAAAACGAACUCUCUGAGGUGACUUCAGAAGUGGACUGCGGUGACCUCCAACCCCUCCCUUACAGACUGCUGGAAGUGAAAACAAUGAAGCUUUUUGAUGUCUCCAGGACAGACCCCACAGUGCUAGUGUUUGUGGAGAGCCAGUAUUCAUCCCUGGGUCAAGACAUCAUUAUGAUACUGGAGUCAAGCAGAUUCCAGUAUCACGUUGAAAUUGCCCCCGGAAAGGGAGAUCUUCCGGCACUUACAGACAAAAAUAAAGGCAAAUAUGUUCUCAUUAUUUAUGAGAAUAUUUUGAAGUAUAUAAAUAUGGACUCUUGGAACCGAAGCCUUUUAGAUAAAUACUGUGUAGAAUAUGGUGUGGGAGUCAUUGGAUUCCACAAAACUAGCGAGAAGAAUCUACAGAGCUCUCAAUUAAAAGGUUUCCCUCUCUCCAUCUAUGGAAACCUUGCAGUGAAAGAUUGUUGUAUUAAUCCUCAUUCUCCAUUGCUUCGUGUGACCAGAUCUUCUAAGCUUGAAAAAGGUUGUUUACCUGGAACUGACUGGACAGUUUUUCAGAUUAAUCACUCAGCCUACCAACCAGUGAUAUUUGCCAAAGUGAAGACUCCAGAAAACCUUUUCCCCCCAGUUUCUAAAGGUGCUUUUUAUGCCACUAUCAUACAUGACCUGGGGCUUCACGAUGGAAUUCAGCGAGUUCUUUUUGGCAACAACUUGAACUUUUGGUUGCACAAACUCAUCUUCAUAGAUGCCAUCUCCUUCUUGUCAGGGAAGAGGCUGGCAUUGUCCUUGGACAGGUACAUCCUUGUGGACAUUGAUGACAUAUUUGUGGGAAAGGAGGGAACGAGAAUGAACACCAACGAUGUAAAGGCCCUGCUUGAUACUCAGAAUCUUUUGCGUGCACAAAUCACAAAUUUUACGUUCAACCUGGGAUUUUCAGGGAAAUUUUACCACACAGGGACUGAGGAGGAAGAUGAAGGGGAUGACUGUCUGCUGGGGUCCGUGGAUGAGUUCUGGUGGUUUCCUCACAUGUGGAGCCACAUGCAGCCCCACCUCUUCCACAAUGAGUCAUCUUUGGUGGAGCAGAUGAUUCUCAACAAAAAAUUCGCCUUAGAGCAUGGCAUCCCAACGGACAUGGGCUACGCGGUGUCCCCUCAUCACUCGGGCGUCUACCCUGUACACGUCCAGCUUUACGAGGCCUGGAAGAAGGUUUGGAAUAUUAAAAUCACCAGCACUGAGGAAUAUCCACAUCUGAAACCAGCUAGAUACCGGAGGGGCUUUAUCCACAAAAACAUCAUGGUUCUUCCAAGACAAACCUGUGGGCUUUUCACUCACACAAUUUUCUACAAAGAAUACCCAGGAGGGCCCAAAGAGCUGGACAAGAGCAUCCAAGGAGGUGAACUUUUCUUCACUGUGGUCCUUAACCCUAUCAGCAUUUUCAUGACCCAUUUGUCCAACUAUGGGAAUGAUCGACUGGGAUUAUACACAUUUGUGAAUCUGGCCAACUUCGUGCAGAGCUGGACCAACCUGCGACUUCAGACUCUGCCUCCAGUGCAACUGGCUCACAAGUAUUUUGAGCUAUUUCCUGAUCAGAAAGACCCUCUCUGGCAGAAUCCUUGUGAUGACAAACGCCACAGAGACAUUUGGUCUAAAGAAAAAACCUGUGAUCGCUUACCAAAAUUCUUGGUGAUAGGACCUCAGAAAACUGGUACCACUGCUCUGUACUUGUUCCUGGUUAUGCAUCCUUCCAUCCUUAGUAACUCCCCCAGCCCAAAAACCUUUGAGGAGGUACAGUUCUUUAAUAGAAAUAACUACCACAGGGGGAUUGAUUGGUAUAUGGAUUUCUUCCCAAUCCCAUCGAAUGUCACCACUGACUUCUUGUUUGAGAAGAGUGCCAAUUACUUCCACUCAGAGGAAGCCCCUAAAAGAGCAGCUUCUCUGGUUCCCAAAGCCAAGAUCAUCACCAUCCUCAUUGACCCUUCAGACCGGGCAUACUCCUGGUACCAGCAUCAGCGAUCACAUGAAGACCCUGCAGCUCUAAAGUUUAGCUUCUACGAAGUGAUCUCAGCUGGGCCCCAUGCACCUUCGGAACUGAGAGCCCUGCAGAAGAGAUGUCUGGUUCCGGGGUGGUACGCCAGCCACAUCGAGAGAUGGCUUGUCUAUUUCCCCCCCUUUCAGUUGCUGAUUAUUGAUGGGCAACAGCUAAGAACUGAUCCUGCUACAGUGAUGGAUGAAGUACAGAAGUUUCUAGGAGUCUCCCCUCAUUAUAAUUACUCGGAAGCUUUAACGUUUGAUUCGCAUAAAGGUUUCUGGUGUCAGUUAUUGGAAGAAGGUAAAACAAAAUGCCUUGGAAAGAGCAAAGGAAGAAAAUACCCUCCAAUGGAUUCUGAUAGCAGAGCAUUUCUGUCAAGCUACUACCGAGAUCACAACGUGGAACUCUCAAAGCUGCUGCACAAACUGGGGCAGCCUCUGCCAUCCUGGCUGAGACAAGAGCUGCAGAAAGUGAGAUAGCACUGAGAGAAAACUUCUGGAGACUUCAGCUGCCAUGUAAAACGCACCUUUUCCAAAGCUUCCCGAAGCUACCAAAAGGCUGUUGAAAAAUAUACCUCUUCACAUGAGAAAAAAGAACAAAGUUCCUUCCAUGUGCUGGCAUGUGGAUGAUUAGAAAAAAAGAAAAAGUAUCUGUUAUAAGCCUUGAGGCCUAUGGUCUUUCUCUUAACCCAUAUCUGAGCCUGUGGUAUUAUUGUAGACUACUGUGCACUUAUGUGGAAGUCAGUAGCAACCAACAUAAAUAUCGAACACAAAUGCAGAACUGUUCCAUUUCACAGUAAUAUUUACACCUUUAUGUAUCAACUAAGAUUGUGUCUCUGUAGAUUUUUAGACUGCUGUUUGCCUGUACAAUGUUUUCUUAUUCUUUGAUUCUAUAAAGUCCUACAAAGCAAGAAGCAAAAUAAACAUCACAUGUAGCAUAAAAUGUCAAAAGCAUAACACUCAUGAAAAAUGCUUGCCAAAAUUCAAAUCCACUGAAGUGUUUAGAAAUAACUGUAAAUUAUAAUUUGUGCUAGAUCAGGGAGGGAAAAGUUAUUAUGAGCUUUAUCUGCAUCAAAAAAAGUGCUAUAGCAAAAAAAAAAAAAGUGAUUUUUCAUAUACAUAUUCUAGUGCAUUUAUAUAAAAAUUACUAACUCCUCCAUCAUAAUGUAACUGUUAUACUGAAAUAUAUAUUAUAAAACUGUUGGAUGGUAAAUAGAAACACAUUGAAUAUGCCCAAAGAGUAAAUAAUAAUGUAAAGUGUACUGACUAAAUUCUCUAAAAGGGAGAAAUUGUAGGGGUCUAAAGAUACAUCACUGAGAACUCUAUGUCCACUUGCUGCAAAUCUAUUCUAGUAGUCCUCACUAGUUCUACAGAAAUGCAUGCAUAAACUCUAAAGUAUGUAUCAUCUCCAGAAACAGAUCGACUUCAAUGUGAAUAGCUUUUUUUUAAUGUCCCCCAGAGCAAAAUCUAUUGAAUGAAAACUAAGGACAGUUUCCCUAGAUGAUGUGUUUAGGCUAUUUACAUUUAAAUUAUUGAAAAACAUUUUUCCUAGGUAGUUCAAAAUAAAAUUAUGUAACAUAGAGAUUUAUAACAAAAACAAAUUAAUAUAUGAUUAAUUUGUAAUCCAAUAUUUACAGUGAUACUUUUGAUACAAGGCAGAGAAACACUAGCAUAUUUUUAAAUAUUUCACACAUCACUCUGGUAGAAGAUAACAAAACAUAUUUAAAUGUACGGAUGACUUACUAAAAGAAAGUACAAAGAUGAGCAAAGUAUGGCUCUUGAAAUAUAUUUACACUUAAAUUUUAAGUGAUAUACAUGACUGAUAAAGUAUUCAAGAAAGAAAAUUAAAGAAGUCAUACUUAUUUUCCUGUUAACAUUUACUUAAUUUUCAAAUGUACUCCAUGGUAUACAUUUGAAAAUUAAAUUCCCUGCUAUAAUUGUAAGCUUUUAUAAAAUGUGAUCACAGGUUUGAUUAGAAAAACAAGAUAUGCAAGGAAAAUCUCUAGCAAAAAGAUUUUCAUUGUCCUUACAACGUGUAAAACUAAACUAUCAGUCGCUAAUUAGAAAGCAAAUUGUGAGAUCCUCCCACUUAUUAUAUAAAAUCUUUAAUGUACAUUAUAAUUACUAAGUAAAUAUUCAUUUAAAGUUUCAUGUACCCAAAAGAUACACUAAUUUUUAAACAAACUAUUAGCAGAAAGAAUUGGAGAAAGAGCCAGUUUUUAAGACUCCUGUCUGCAAAAGCAAAAUCAAAGUCAUUUAGACAAACCUGGUAAACUCGGUCUGCAUGCUUCCUGCUGCCUCUUUUGAAGCCACCCAUGCUAAACAUGCUAGGAAAAUUAUCAUAGUCUUUCAUCGCCACUAAUUUAAGAAAACUGGGUAAAGAAGUCAAACAGUGACAAUAGGCGCCAGCAGUUAUAUACAGUGUCAUAUUUUCAUUUGGCAACAUUUAUGCUGAUUUUAAAAAAGUAAAAACAUACAUUCAUGCUUUAAUGGUGAGAUGUACAUUUGAACUUCUAAGCAAAGCUGCUAAUGGCAUAAUUUUGUCUAGGUGAAUUGACUGAACAGCUCACGCUUUAAAAUAAAUGUCGAAAACAUACUUGAUGCUUGUAUAAAUAGAGAAAAAAAGGAAGAGAGAAUACCAAACUAUUCAUUCACAAGUACAAGCUUAGAGCAGCAAAUCUGAAAGGAUUUUUGACCACUCAGCGUGUCUUGAAGAUAGCAUCACAUUCUAGAUGACACACCUACUUUCCACGUUACAUCCUCCAGCCGGUGAUUAUACUAUUCUGCAAGUAACGUAAAUACACAUGAAAAAAGAAUGAGCGGUAAUGUGAUUGAAAACUAGCUUUGUAUAGAAUUCCCUUUUUCAUUGCUUAAAAUAUGAAACUUCCUCAGGAAGAAAUGAAAUGGUUAUUUCAAUGUUUAUAGCUAUAAUAUUCUUGUCAUUCACAUUGAAUGAAAAUUACUGGAAACAUUUUUUCUCUGAGUUUUUUAAAAUAAAAAACCUGGAUAUAAUUCUAAUAGUAGCAUGGUACCUCAUAUGGACAACAAUAAACUCUGAUAAGAAAAUGAA